GCGAAUAGAAGCAAAACAAAAAAUGUUCAUUGAGUUACUGUUACUAAUUUUAACUGCGAUUGUUUUUAUUGCAUACACGUACUACAAACGAACGCAAAACCUUUGUGCAUAUUUCGAUGAACGAAAUCUAAAAUACAAAAGUGGAUUGGCUGGAUUACAGUCAUUUUAUUCCAUUUUGUUUAACAAAAUAGACGCUUUUGAAUUGAGUCAAAGUUUUUAUGAUGCAUUUCCUGACGAAUCAAUCUAUGGAGUGCUCGAUAGCACCAUUCGUCAAUAUGCCGUUCGUGAUCCUGAGGUCUAUAAAAAGAUUGCCAUCAAAGAUUUCGAUCAUUUCGAAGACCAUCGUGCCAUUUUCAACGAGAAUAUGGAUGAAUUAUUUGGAAAUAGUUUGAUAUCGAUGCACGGUGAGAAAUGGCGUCAAAUGCGAGCGACACUUAGUCCAGCGUUCACUGGAAGUAAAAUGCGUCAAAUGUUUGAGCUGGUGUCAGAAUGUGCCGAUGAAAUAGUUAAAUAUUUUCAGAAAAAGUCCGCAAAUGGUGAGAAAAUCAACAUUGAAAUGAAAGAUUUCUUCUCGCGAUACACAAACGAUGUGAUCGCUACGUGUGCCUUCGGCAUUAAGGUAAAUUCCUACGCUGAUCCAAACAAUGACUUUUAUGCGAACGGUAAAAAAAUAUUAAACUUUGGCGGUUUCUUUAAAACUCUCAAAUUUUUUGCCAUAAUAAUUUUUCCGAAAAUUACCCGAGGUUUGAAAUUGAAGUUUUUUGAUCCAUUGGUAUCGAAUUUUUUCAAAAAUAUGAUUCUUGACACAAUGAAAAUGCGACAAAAUAAUAAAAUCCAUCGGCCUGAUAUGAUAAAUAUGCUGAUGAAAGUGCGUGAAGGUAAUUUGGAGCAGCACAAUGAUGAAAAGAUACAAGAAGGUUUUGCAACGGUCGAUGAAUCAGAUGUUGGAAAAUUCACUGUCAUCCGCAAGUGGAACGACAAUGAAAUUGUUGCGCAAUGCUUUUUAUUCUUUUUGGCCGGAUUUGAGACAUCAUCGACGAUGCUCACCUUUGUUGCUCAUGAACUCAUUGUAAAUGCGGAUGUUCAGCAGAAACUGUACGAAGAGAUUGCCGAAGUGAACGAACGACUGGGCGGAACACGAAUUACAUACGAUGCACUUCAAAAAAUGAAAUAUUUAGAUCAAGUGAUUUGUGAAGUUUUGCGGAAAUGGCCACCCGCCACUCAAACCGAUCGUAAUUGUGUUAAAGACUAUAUCUAUGAUGACGGCAAAUUGAAGUUUAAAAUUGAGAAGGGAUCUAACGUCAUUUUUCCCGUUUAUGGCAUUCAACAUGAUCCGAAAUACUUUCCAAAUCCAGACAAAUUUGACCCGGAGAGAUUUAACGAUGAAAAUAAACAUAAUAUUGUACCAGGCACUUAUGUACCCUUUGGAGUCGGUCCGAGAAACUGUAUUGGUUCUCGUUUCGCCCUGAUGAAAAUGAAGGCCAUUCUUUAUUAUUUGUUGUUGAACUUUUCAUUCAAAUCGAAUAAAGACACACAAAUUCCAUUGAAGAUGAAAAAAGUUCCAUUCCAAAUAUUGACGGAAAAAGGUGUGCACCUGGAGUUGAAGCCGCGUCUGAAUUGACGUGCAGUGAUGACAACAUGGCGUUUCUUGCUGAUAAGACUUAUCAAUUAGGUCGAAUGCAUUAGAUAAUUCAAGAUUGAGUGUACAAAAUCUGAUAAGGAAACAACACGAUUUAUAUCAAUAAAAAGGCCAUUUGACUUGAAUUCGUCAACGAUUUCAGUAUA